CUCUUACGGUUUGAGCUUUGAUUGGGUCUUCUUUUUGGCAGAGAAUAAUUUACGAAAUAUGUUUCUCCUCCUCCUUCCCCCAAUUCCGGCUCACGCCCUUGCCCGCACCAGACAGCAUGGAAUCAGCCAGUUUUGUUUAUGCUUCUAGCUGAUUUUGAUCUUGUAUCGGAUAUCUAUACCAUCGGAUAUCCAUACUCAUCAGAUCACGGGCUUUAUCAUGGUGGAUACUUGUCACAAAGGCCUAAAGACGAAUGUGCAGUAGUUCCACACUAAAUUGCUAAUACAUCUCAGCUGGCAUUUGGCUGGAUUAAUCGCAGAUAUGCCUCUGCAUGAAGGCACAACCAUGUACGCAAGAAUUUCAAAGAACAUUCAGCACAUAAAAUCACGAACAAUGCGUUUCUCCUCUGCAAUUGUCCUCGUUGUCGUCGCUACUUUAGUAUCAUCAAUCUCUGCCAUGCCCCUUGACGAAGGCGAUUGUCCCACUGGCGGGCAUUGCAAGACUGACGCAGAUUGCAUCUGCCCUUGGAUUAGUUGCUACAACAAUGUAUGCCAAGUGUAAGAAUAUUCGCGCCAACCACGACAGGCACAAAAAUUGUCCUCGUGUUUCAUCGAAGCGAAGGGCUUUACUCGUCGUAUCCAAGAUAUGCGGAUACAUCCCUCUAAAUCACUCUUUUUCCUUUGUACUUAUAGUUCAAUAUCUCUUAUCAUGAGAACAUACGAGAUACUCGAGCCACUCGUUACUGACUUACGAUAGUUAAGGAGUGCUGUAACAGUUUCUAUGUGGUCGUGCUCCUUUAACGUUUCAACAGUCCAUUAUCUCACUC